GUAGCUGCCGGCGGCGUCUCGGCGGUCCCGCGGCGGUUCGUCCGGCGGAGCGGAGUGGAGCGGAGCGGGCCGGGGUCUCGGUCGGCACCAUGUCGGUCAGCGUCCAUGAGACCCGGAAGUCGCGGGGCAGCUCGGGCUCCAUGAACAUCACGCUCUUCCACAAGGCCUCGCACCCCGACUGCGUGCUGGCCCACCUCAACACGCUGCGCCAGCACCGCGUGCUCACGGACGUCACGCUCUGGGCCGGCGGCCGCGCCUUCCCCUGCCACCGCGCCGUGCUGGCCGCCUCCAGCCGCUACUUUGAGGCCAUGUUUAGCCAUGGGCUGCGGGAGAGCCGGGACGACACGGUGGACUUCCAGGACAACCUGCACCCCGAGGUGCUGGAGCUGCUGCUGGACUUCGCCUACUCGUCGCGCAUUGUCAUCAACGAGGAGAACGCCGAGUCGCUGCUGGAGGCGGGCGACAUGCUGCAGUUCCCCGACGUGCGCGACGCCGCGGCCGAGUUCCUGGAGAAGAACCUGCUGCCCUCCAACUGCCUGGGCACGCUGCUGCUGGCCGACGCGCACCAGUGCCGCCGGCUGCACGAGUUCUCCUGGCGCAUGUGCCUGCUGCACUUCGAGACCGUGUGCCGGGGCGACGACUUCCACGGGCUGUCCAAGGACGCGCUGCUCGGCCUCAUCUCCAGCGACGAGCUGGAGGCCCAGGACGAGCGGGCCGUGCUCGAGGCCGUGCUGCAGUGGGUGAAGCACGACCUGGAGCGGCGCCGGGCGCACCUGCCCGAGCUGCUGCACGCCGUGCGGCUGGCCCUGCUGCCCUCCGACUGCCUGCGGGAGGCGGCGGCGGCUGAGGCCCUGCUCAUGGCGGACGAGCGCACCCGGCUCCUGGUGGACGAGGCCCUGCGUUGCAAGACCAGGAUCCUGCAGAACGACGGCGUGGUCACCAGCCCGUGCGCCCGGCCACGCAAGGCCGGCCACACACUGCUCAUCCUGGGCGGGCAGACCUUCAUGUGCGACAAGAUCUACCAGGUGGACCACAAGGCCAAGGAGAUCAUCCCCAAGGCCGACCUGCCCAGCCCCCGCAAGGAGUUCAGUGCCUCGGCCAUCGGCUGCAAGGUCUACGUGACGGGGGGCCGGGGCUCCGAGAACGGGGUCUCCAAGGACGUGUGGGUGUACGACACUGUGCACGAGCAGUGGUCCAAGGCGGCGCCCAUGCUGAUCGCGCGCUUCGGCCACGGCUCGGCCGAGCUGGAGCACUGCCUGUACGUGGUGGGUGGCCACACGGCCCUGGCGGGGGUCUUCCCUGCCUCGCCCUCCGUGUCCCUGAAGCAGGUGGAGAGGUACGACCCCAGCGCCAACAAGUGGGUGAUGGUGGCCCCGCUGCGGGACGGCGUCAGCAACGCUGCCGUGGUGAGCGCCAGGCUCAAGCUCUUCGUGUUUGGGGGGACCAGCAUCCACCGCGACAUGGUGUCCAAGGUCCAGUGCUACGACCCCGCGGAGAACCGCUGGAGCAUCAAGGCUGAGUGCCCCCAGCCGUGGCGCUACACGGCCGCCGCCGUCCUGGGCAGUCAGAUCUUCAUCAUGGGCGGCGACACGGAGUUCACGGCCGCCUCCGCCUACCGCUUCGACUGCGAGAGCAACCAGUGGACGCGUGUCGGGGACAUGACGGCCAAGCGCAUGUCCUGCCACGCCCUGGCCUCGGGCAACAAGCUGUACGUGGUGGGGGGCUACUUCGGGACGCAGCGGUGUAAGACCCUGGACUGCUAUGACCCCACGUCGGACACGUGGAGCUGCGUCACCACCGUGCCGUACUCGCUCAUCCCCACGGCCUUUGUCAGCACCUGGAAGCACCUGCCUGCCUGAGGGGUGUGCACAGCCCACAGCCGCCCGCGCCAUCACAGGACUCUGUGCCGCGGCCGCCGCCGGCUCUGCCCGUCCUGGGAGCGGCCUCAGAGGAGAAGCAGAGCGCCAGUGCCGCCCGCCCGAGGGCGCGGCUGCCUCCAGGCAGACUCCUGUGGAGAUGCGGCUCCUGGGUGCGCCGGUGGCCGGGGCCGUGCUGGGGCCCAGGACACAGCGGGGCUGUGUGCCCGCGGUGACCGCCAGAAGCUCCGGUAGUAAACGUGCAGGGCCUCAAGGUCCUGUGGGAGAUUCUUGCCCCCCUCCCCCGCCCCCCAGCCCCAGCCCAGUGCCCACUUGGCCCACUGAGGACCUGCCCCAGGGCCCUGCCCAGCUGGGCCCACCUCACAGCGAGGACCCCUCACCACCGUGGGCCUGCCCUCAGAUGGGGACCUGCUCUCGGGACGGGGAGGCCCCAGCGAGGACGCCGACUCCCAAUCACGGUGGCCCCAGACCUGCCUGAUGCCGGGCCUGGCCUAGGCUCCCCCCGCUCCUGCAGACGGUGCCCCGGGCCAGCAGCGGAGGCCUGGUCCUCACCCUGAGCCAGCGCAGUAGAAGGGGUUCCUGGGAAGGGCCCAGACCUGCUGGCACACCAGCCUGCAGUGUCCCUACCCCCAGGUCCAGACCUGUGGGCACCUUUUGAGUUGGGGCCUUUGCCUUGGGUUUCCCAUUGCUGGCGAAAGAGCCCAAAGCACAGGCUGCUCCCCGGGGCGCGGCACUUCCAAGCACAGGACCCAGCCCGGUGCUGCCUCCGUUUGCCAACUUAAUAAAGAGAGUUGAGAAGGUCUCUGUGUGCCUUGGCCCCCGUGCCGACGUGGGUGGGGGCUGCUUCGGUUCCCAUCCCCCACUAGGGCCCAGCGCCUACAGCGCCAUGGGGCCCGGGGAGGCGGUAGCUGCCUUCGAUGCCUGCUGCUGUCCCAGUGGUGAGUGCCAGGAGCCGAUGCUUUCGUGUCUCCUGUGCAGCCCACGUUGCGCUCUGGAAGCCCUGCCCCAGGGCCGGCGGGCACACGGCCUCGGAGGUCGCGCCUCCCUGAAGCCAGAGCCAGCAGCUGCAGGCUGUGCCCAGGCUCAGACCCAGCAACACUGCCUUCCUGGACUCCCACGCCACGGGGGCAGGGCGGGCUUGGUGGGGACACAGGGCGCCAGUGUCCUGCCAGUGCCCCUCCACCAGGCGUCUGGUGCUUGGUUAGGACCCCGUGCCCCACAGGGCAGGGCCUGGGUUUGUGGCCUGGGCCCACUUCGGGUUCCAGCCUCCCACUCAUCACAUCCUGGGAGGCAGCAGGGCUCGAAUGUUUGGGUCUCGCAGCCACGUGUGGCUCCUGGCUUCGGCCUGGCCGGCCCCGGCUCUUGUGGGCAUUUGUGGAGUGAACUGGCAGAUGGAGGCUCUGUCUGCGCCCUUCAAGUGAACAGUGAGAACCAAUCGUUGGCUUCUGAGACGGCCGUGGCGCUUGUGCCGGGUUAGCAGGUGGCUGAGUGGCAGGGUCUUUGUGUUCUGGAAGAUGCACUCACUGGUGCCAGGAGGGGCUGGGUGGGGACGCCCUGGUGUGAACCGGGCUCCUGGGCCCACGUGAGAAAGCAGCUUCGCAGAGACCUCGCUGACGCCGGGUAGAUGAUGUGUUAAAUUGUACGCCAUUGGGGCCGGCGCCGGGGCUCACUUGGUUAAUCCUCCACCUGCAGUGCUGGCAUCCCAUAUGGGGGCCGGAUUCUGUCCCAGUUGCUCCUCUUCCAGUCCGCCUCUCUGCUGUGGCCCGGGAAGGCAGUGGAGGAUGGCCCAAGUGCUUGGGCCCUGCACCCACAUGGGAGACCAGGGGAAGCACCUGACUCCUGGCUUCGGAUCAGCACAGCGCCAGCUGUAGUGGCCAUUUGGGGGGUGAAACAAUGGAAGGACGACCUUUCUCUCUGUCUAUAACUCUACCUGUCAAAAAAAUAAAUAGUACGCAGUGAUAAAAGGUGACACGUGUGUAUCCCUGUGGUGGUGGCCGUCGCCCGUGUCAUGUGCUGGCCCCAGAAGGUACAGCUUGGCGGUUUUCAGGACAGACACGGUGGUGCAGCCGUCAUCACGGUCAGAUUUAGGAUAGCACUGUUCCCUCCAGGCUGGCCCAGCCCACCAUGGGCACCUGUGCCUCAGGCUGACCAUGCACAUGGCAGUGUGCCAGGCUCAGACGCUGCCAGCCGCCCGGCAGCCCCGAGCCCCGUGAGCCGGCCGCACGGUAACCAUCCGAGUCCGCAUUGUCAGCGUGGCCCCAGCAGCAUCGGAAUGCUGUGGAGCGCGAGCUCGCACAGGUUCUCUAACAGCCACGGCGUUACUCUAAAACAGCGCAGAAACAUGGGAGCUGUGGAGACGCGUGGUGAAGUCCCAGUGCUGAGCGCGCGAGUGAGGCCCCCACACCCAGCACGGCCUCCGACUUGCCAAGUGUGCACACGGGGGAGCUUGGGAAGACGGUGGGGAGCUUUCGCAUUUGAGAGGCUGAAGAGCCAGGCGCUCGGUCCAGGUCUCCCACCCUGAGCCGUCGCCGGUGCCCUCCGGGUCCAACUUAGCAGGGAGCUGGUGUCAGGCGCAGCAGCCGAGUCUCGGUGGCCGGGUGUGGGAUGCGAGUGCCUCGCUAGGCCAGACGCCUGCCCACGUUGGGGGUCCUAGUGAAAGGUGGCGGCGUGGUUUAUUCUGGGCUGUGGGAUUACAGGUGUUUGCAAAUGUUUAAAAAAUCACAUCUCAACUUUCCCCAGCCAUUGUGGCCACGUGAGGAGUGAAUGAGCAGAUGAAGAGUCUAACUCUACCCUUCAAAUAAAUAUAUUUAAAUAAAAAUUUA